ACAGGUUCUUACUUAUAUAAAAUAUCUAUACAUAUAGAUUAUUAAUUUAUAAUUUUAAUGAGACCAUAUAUUUAUAUAGAGUUUUCUAAAAAAUAUUAUCUUAUAAUUUUAUCGAUUUGUGUGAAAUUUUGAACCGGACUUAGUUGAGACCGACAAAUUUAUUAAUUUAUAAAAAUUAUUAAUUUAUCGAAUAUUAAUUUAUAGAGGUUCCACUGUACUAAGUGUUGGAGUUAAUGGUAGUGUAAGAUAGUAAUUUUUAUGUAUUAUGUUCAAAAACCAUAAAAUGUUACUCCAUUUUCAUCAUGUAAAGUGAUAUACAUAAAACACACAAAAUUUUAAAUUUCACUUUAAAAAAAUAUCAUUAUUGAAAUAAUAAAUAAGAUAACUUAUCUAAUAAGAAAAAAAAUGUAAAAUACAAUUGGUUAAACAGUUUUCAAAAACAUUAACGUAACAAUGUCAGAAUAUCUUACAUUUUAAAAUAUUAAAAACUUUAUAAAACAUUAUAUAUUAUAAAAAAAAUGGAGCAUUUCUGCAAUUAAUUUUUUCAAAACGUCAUUUUACGUUUAUUGGCUUUUAUUUUAUUUCUCGCGAAAACACCGAAGCAAACACUAUUGCAAAAACACUCUCAUGUAUCCUUGGUCUUCCAGGUCUCGAAUGCCAUAGGCUAAACCUGUGUUCUAAGAUGCGUAUGUGGAGACCAUUAAAUCACCGAUAAUACGCUGGCAGAACUUUGCCGUUGUUUGGUAAAAUCAGAAUAAAAAUUGUAAAGGGUAAGAAAACUUCAAGUAAUUUUGAUUUUGUACUCGAAACUUCAAAUAAGAAAAUUUUAAAUAAUCUUGAUGUUCCGAGGGCAAGAGCAGGUUACGGUGCUGCAAGGGAGAAAAAUGCUCAGCUCCGGGAAGCUUUGUCGGCUGCCAACACCGUCAUGGCUGAGAACAUGACCCAAAUGAUGGUCAUGGCAUUGAUGUUUGAUCUCAUGGCGGAUGGAAACCUGGCGCUUGCGGAGAUGUGGUAUGUGAAAACUUAAACCCCAACCGCACACUUGAAGAGCAGGCGGAGCUAGAGCGGCAUACCGAGCGCCGUAGUUCCAAUCUCCGGGACGACCUGAACCUUUAGGUUUAUUUUUUCGGUCUGUAAUAUAUUUUGGAUAUUACAAAAUUUUAAUAUAUUAGAUUUUUAUUUUAAUUUCUCAAAUUUAAAUAAUUUUGCAGAAUUUAUUAUCUUAUGAAUUUAUAAUUAAAACAAAAUAUUUUUUAAAUGAAUAAUUAGUAACGAUAUUAAUUGGCCGUAAACUAGUUGUAAAACUUACGACUAAUUCACGUCGAAUGUCGAUGUGAAUUCGUCGUAAAUUUACGGCCAUCUAACCUGAUUUUAACGACCAAUUUUACGACAGUGUAAUGACCACAUUUUACGAAUUAUUUAUGAUGAGAUAUGUGGACCUAAUAUUACGUCUACCAAAUCAUUUUACGAUGAUUUAAAGACUAUGACGCAUUAAGACGAGCUACUAAUGACGAUUGGAGAAUCGUCGUAAUAGGAGAUUAACGACGAUUUAACAAUAAAUUGUACAGUUGUUAACCCUCUGUUUUGUUGUAGUGUGAUUACUAAGUUGAAUCUACCACUUAUUUGUUAAAUCUAAUCAUAAAUUGAGAUCCUAAAUUGUGGAAACCAUGUAAAAGUGUUUAGCCGCCAUAGAUUCUGGUUUUUUCCUUACGUUGAAGACUGGGACAAAAAUGUAAUUUGUCAAAAUGCAAAAUUUACAACUACAAUAACCCUAGCAAAUAUUGAAAUGAAACAUGAACUUUGUCCAUAACUCCGCGCUUGCGCGGGGGCAAUGCCCCUAGUUAAUAUAAUAUGGUUUGUUUGUCAAACCCUCCACUCUUUUACGCUUAAAUGCAUUCUAACUAUCAAACCACACUUAAGUUUUUUGUUUUGUAUAUCCGCGAUAUUGUUUAACUCAUGAAUAUAUGUAAAAAUACUAAAAAUAUAUUUCUGAUUAAUCUUCGACUAAUUACUGAUUAACUGAUUCAAAUUUAGGCCCAGACAGUCCGCACGCGUGACACAGCCUAAUCUUGAACAUUGGGCAAAAAUGUAAUGAAAGUUGUUGUUGUUCAAAAAAAAGAUUAAACUUUUCUUAGUUUAAUUUAAAAUAUUAUUAGAAUAGUAUAAUUUCAGGUAUUAUGAGAAACUAUAAGGGUCUAACUGGUGAUUUUUAUAGGAACAUUAGAAAUGAGUAGGAAAAAAAUACAGAGGAAUAAAAUUAUAAGAAUAAAAAAAAAUUAUUCCUUGUUUAUUUUGGAGAGAAACAAAUUUGUUUUAUACUCCUCGAUAAUAAAAUGAAUGAGAAGGAAUGUAAAUAAAAAAUUCUUCUUUGUAAAUGGUAAAAUAAUAAAAAAGGAAUAAUAAGGAAUGUAUUGUUCCAUUUCAUUCAUUAAUCACCAAUUAGACCCUAGGUUUUACAAUCUUAAAAAACGAACGCUAAUAUCUAUGGACUAUAUAUAUGGGGGCUUAUAUUCAGAGCCGUGACAACUAACAAAUAUUUGAAAUAUUGGCUUAAUUAGGACAUAUUUUUGAUUGAAUUUUUUACAUUGCAUAUUACAGAAUUGUUAGCUAAUAUGACUUAUAGGUAAAACUUAAAGUGAUUAAUUUCACUGCUAUAUACAUUUAAAAAUCUUUAAAUUCUUUUUUUCUAUCCUAAUUUUAAUUUUGUAUAUUUUGAUAGAAAGCAUAUUGUUCUUCAGCCUAAAUCACUAUUAAAAUUAUAGGAACUGAUUUCUUUUAACCUAUUAUUAUUUUUUAAAUAGGCUAAGUAAGGUUUGUGAUAGAAAUUCAUUAUUUAUAAAAUUAGAUAUAUUGUAAAAGUUAGAUAUAAAAUAUAAAAAAAUUGGUAUCAUAUUAAAUUUUGUUUCACGAAAAUAACUAAUUAUUGUGCUAUGAAUCUGUAGAACAAUUUAGUAAAACAAAUUUAAGGCUUAUGGCAUCAAAAAACCUUUACACGGCUCUGCUUAUAAUAUGUUUGAAACAAAUAAAGCAACAUAUUUUUUUGGAAACCAAAAACUUUUUUUCUUUAGGAAUUAGGAGGAUCAAAAUGGUACACUGACGUCCUUGCCUGACAUCUGGCAAGCGGGCAUUUUUAUUAUAAGGAUAAACAGAGACUCUUUAUUAAAGAGGAAAACUGAAAACAUCUUAUUUAUGGGUUGGAGACUCGAGAUCUAAUUGGAAGAAAACAAAGCAGUGAUACCCACGUGGUUACUAGUUAUUCACCAUGACACAAGUUUAUAUUUUCAGAUACGAGCCAUUCGAAUAUACGGGUUUCGGAUCUAAAUAUUCUAUUAUCCUCAAAUAUUCGAUCAUUUUAAUACAUUUUUUUUAAAAUAUAAAUUAUUUAAAUUAAAAUAUAAUAUUAUAAAUUAAUGUUACAUAUAAAUAUUAAUAUAUCAACUAUAAUUAUUAAUAAAAUUUAAUAUAUUUUUAAAAUUCAGACAUCUAGAUUUAAAAAUAAAGAUAUACUCGCUUUGACGAAUCUAAAAUUUUGCUAUCCAGAUUUGAGUAUUCUAGAUAUCUUAUUUUCAGAGCUUCUUGGAUUCGAAUCCCAAAUCAGAUAUGAAUCGUAGAUAAUAUGUCUCAGUCCUAGUUCAAUGUAUAUCUUUAUAUUUUCUUUAAAUAUAUUACUAUAUUGUAAAGUUAUUUUUCUUCUAGUAUAUACCUAAGUUUUUCUAUUUUUAACAGAAAAUAAAAAAUGUUAUUUGACAAUAAUAAUAUUUUUUUUAUUUUUUUCUUAAAAUAAAAAACUCUACUAAAGAUAUCCAUAAAACAAAUCCAUUUUUAUACUAAAGUUUAUAAAGAAAAAUACAGAAAUGGAUAUAAAAUUGGGUUUGAAAUGGUUUAAAUACUUCAGUCAGUCGUUCUCCUGUCUCAUGUGUUUCGUGAGAAAUAACUAAACAUAUGUUUAGUUUUUUUUUUCCUGAGUAAACACAUAUGUUUAGGUUAUAAACUUGGUACUUUACAAAAUGACCCUCAAAUUGUAUCUACCAAUACAAACGACUCAAAUAGACUAGAGAAUUUGUACUCUCUACACACCACUUUUCUCCUAUUUGCACUCCAUACUCUAUAUCCCUCCAAUUUUCUUCCCCCCAACAUUACCAUUUUCCCCCCAUUCAAUGAUAUCCCACCUUUGUUAGUAUAUUUAGCUAAUUUACUCAAUAGACUAUACAUAUUUGUCUAUUCCUCGAAAAGAUUGUUGACUCUUACUUCUUGCUUUUUCCUAUUUUCCUCUCUCUCUCUCUCUCUCAUCUAUUUCGCCUGAUUCGUUUUCUUUUUCUUCCUCCUUUCGUCUUGCUGAGAUCUAGAAAACCCUAGAACGGGGAAGAUCGCCAAGAUCGAGGGGAAGAUCAAGAUAGAGUUAAUAUUGAUGGGGAGAGGGAAGAUUGUUAUCCAGAGGAUCGAUGAUUCGACGAGUAGGCAAGUCACUUUCUCCAAAAGAAGAAAGGGUCUCAUAAAGAAAGCUAAAGAACUCGCUAUUCUCUGCGAUGCAGAGGUGGGUCUCAUCAUUUUCUCCAAUACCGACAAGCUCUAUGACUUUGCCAGCUCCAGUUUGAAAUCGACUAUUGAACGAUUCAACAAGACCAAGAUGGAGCAGCAACAACUAUUGAACCCUGCGUCAGAAGUUAAGUUUUGGCAGAGAGAGGCCACAACUCUAAGACAAGAACUGCACUCAUUGCAGGAAACUCAUCGCAGACAACUAAUGGGACAGCAAUUAAAUGGUCUGAGCGUUAAGGAGUUGCACAAUAUAGAAAGCCAACUUGAAAUGAGUUUACGUGGAAUUCGUAUGAAAAAGGAACAAAUUCUGACCAAUGAAAUCAAAGAACUCACCAGAAAGAGGAAUCUUGUUCACCAUGAGAAUCUUGAACUGUCGAGAAAAGUACAAAGGAUUCAUCAAGAAAACGUCGAGCUACACAAGAAGGCUUAUGCAGUGUCAAUCAGAAAUGAACUGGGAACUCGUGAUAUUGAAGAUACAGCCGAUGAAUCCCAUGCUCAGGUUCGGCUGCAGCUAAGUCUGCCUGAGCAAUCCCAUUAUGAGACCUCAACAAAUAGCUAAGAUCAUAAAACGUCUAACGACUUGAAAAAGUUUGAGAAUACUCAUGUGGAAGAAAAAACGAAAGGUUUGAUUUUGUAUGAUACAUAUAUAAAUAGUCUCAAGGGAAAGCAAUAGAGCAUGUCCAUUGUAUUCUUUUAAGCUUUCUCAAUUGGUUUAAGGUAUAUAAUAAGACAUUUAUAUAUAUAUGUAAACACUUAAAAAUAUAGUUAGAUAGGGCUUUCGAUUUGAGUUUUGGUUUGAUUGCAGUUUAAACUUGUUCAGUGAAUAAACUAUUACUUAAUGUCCUUAUUGCAGUUCAACUUGUUUUGCUUUGAUAUUAUUUUUUCAGUUUAAUAUUGAUUUGGUUUAAAAUACUUUAAUCAGGGUUCAGUUUCUUUUUACUUUUAGCUUUAAAAUCCCUAAUUUAGUUGAGCCUACUCCAGAUGAUAGAAUACGCAAAACAGUUCCCAACAAUCAGGUUUGAAGAUGAAACCAUGAAGGCGUGAAUCUAGUUUCUUAAGUCCAAACUACAACACUGAUUGUUAGGAACUGCUUAGAUGUGCAUACAUAAAUGGAAUAGAGCAAUCUGGCAUAGAAGAAGAGAUUGAAGGAUUUGGUUAGGAAACCACAUAAGAAAUUGUGAUAAAUCUAUCAAGUAAUAUAUAAGAGGUGUAUCCAUGGAUACACAUCACUAUUCACCUGGAUAGUGUAAGAGAAAUAAUCCACUUUCAAAAGCCAAGUAGUUUAAUUGCCCUCUCUACUAAGGAAACAUCACUACUAGAAAUAUUUGCUAUAAAGCCUAUAAUCACGGCAAAGCUAAAAGGCUAUUGAAAAACGCCACGUUGCUCUCGAACGAGAACAUUUGCGGCUACAUUAGCUAAAAAUUAUUAUGGUUAUUCGUGGCUAACUAGCUACUACUUUACUCAAAUCAUCCGGAGUCGGUGAAUCACUUAUUCUUCACUUGUCCACUAUCGGUGCAGACAUGGCGGUCCAAUCAAGUAACACUGGGUUUCUCCUCUUCCUUUACAGAUAAUUUAGAAACCAAUAUGAGAUUCAUAUUUAACCUCCAAUCUCUACCACAGUUAAACCCGGAACAGAAGUUAACUCCAUUUUGGAUGCUCUGGAAAAUUUGGAAAUCAAGGAAUAAUUUAAUAUUCAAUAGUGUAACGAUUAAUCUUGAACGUGAUGCGGACUAUGUGGCUGCAGAGGUUUGUGAUUGGUUAAAGAAAACAGCUACGAACCGUUGUUUCUACUUCUACUCCACGAAGAACUUGGACUCCUCCUAUGGAAAUGUAUUACAAAUGUAAUGUGGAAUCGUGGAUGCUGCAUACAAUGCACAUAGCCAUGAAACCUCUGCGGUUGGAUUAUUAGAGAUUCACAUGGAGUAGUCAAAUAUUGGGCAAUGAGUUUUCUAGGAUACUCGUCAUCAGCACUUGAAGCAGAGAGUAAAGCGUUAUUGGCUGCUAUUCAAUGCUCUACAUGUUUGGGUUACAAGACAAUAAUUUCUGAAAGCGAUUGUGAAGUGUUGGUUAAAAGUCUGCAAACUCAGGAUCGAGACUACAGAAUAUCAACUAUCUGCUCAGAUAUCAGACAAUGGUGUAAUCAGCUCGAAAGCUUUCAAUAUCGGCAUGUCCACAGGAAAGCGAAUGCUGUGGCGAAUGAACUUGCAACACGAGUCCGUCCGUCCGAAUCAGUCAUUUUCUUCUUCUUCUAGUUUCAUUCCAUAUUGGUUAAACAAUGUACUAUGUAAUGAUUACAUUCAUCAAUUCUAAUAUAAAUCAUUUUGAGAAAAAAAAUGAUAGAGAUUAUUAUUAUUUUUUUGUCAGCAAACAAAGCAGAUUCAUGUUAAGAUAUAAGAUUUUUUAUUUUAUUUUAUAUUUAAGAUUUGAUGUUAUAAGUUUGAAAGUAUUUUCUUUUGGAUUUAGAUUUACAAUUAUUAUUUUAUGUAUAUUUAAGUAUAAAUAUUAAAAUUUAUAAUUGUGAAUUUGAAACAAAAUAAGUUUAAACAGAUUAAUCGACUAUGCAGUUUUGCUUAUUAUGCAGUCGGAUUUUCAACCACAUUCCACGGGUUUUAUAUAAAAAUUAAACCAAAUCAGAGAUUUUUUUAACCAUGUUUAUCAUCCACCUAGUAAUUAUUGAUCUGAUCAAUCGCUAAUUUUAAAACAUGGUAUAUAUUAGCCCUGCGACUUCGGUUUUCCGAAACCGAACCGAACCGUCGAUUUUCGGUUAACCAAAAUUUUAAAAAACAUUUCUGAAGGUAACCGAAUUAAAUUUCGGUUCGGUUCGGUUUUCGGUUAUUUUUGGUUUUCACCUAAAUUUCCGAAUAUACCCGAUUUUUAUGAUUUUCGGUUAAUUUCGGUAUAGAUUUUUUAAAAAAAAUUGGAUUUUUCGGUUAAAUUCGGUUAUUUUCGGUUAUUUCGGUUCGAAUUUUCGGUUAUUUUAGGUUAUUUUUGGUUUUUCCAAAAAAAAAAAUCAAAAUCAAAAACCGAACCAAACCGAAAACCGAAUUAUUUUUUAAAAUCGUAGCGAACCAAACCGAUCUCGAAAAUAUAACCGAACCGAAAAUCGAAAAUAUCAGUUCGGUUCGGGGCAAAGUCGCAGGGCUAGUAUAUAUACUCAACUAAUCCACUUGACUUUUUUUUGGGGGGGGGGGGGGGGUAAAAUGUUAAAUCACUUGACUUAUCUUAAGUUCAAAGACUAGAGAUUGGUUGCAAUAGUAUUUCUUUUUCUUAUGGUUGAAACAGUAUAUUUGUACGAAGAAGAACCAAUAAAUUGCUCAAUCUUUCAAUUGAUAGUGACAUUUGAAUCGAACGAAAAAGAUUGGACAACUAACUACGCGAUAACAUUAAAGAAAUAAUCAAACCGAACCGGCCCACGAAAUAGCAAUUAUAAUUUAAGCCCCUUUACUUUCUCUUUCUUUCUUAAAGUACCCGUUUCUUCUUCUUCUUGUUCAAUCACAGAACAACAAAACUUGAGAAGAAAAAAAAAAAAGGAAGAAUCUCUUCUUUUUUAUGAAAUGGCGAAAGCAGGAGGAGGAGGAGGAAUAACGAAUGCAGUAAACGUAGGAAUCGCUGUCCAAGCAGAUUGGGAGAAUCGAGAGUUCAUCUCCCACAUCUCUCUCAAUGUUUGUCAGAGUCGACGACAAAGAGCAAGUUGGCAACUUUGAAUGAGAAGCUGGAUGUUCUGGAACGUCGCUUGGAAAUGCUUGAGGUUCAAGUUAGUACCGCCGCAGCUAACCCUUCUCUCUUCGCUAAGUGAAAUGAAUAAUAGCCUUUUUAAUGAUUCUUUCAUCUCUUCUUCUACAUAUAAAUACAAUCCACUCAUGAAGAAGUGUUGUAUCAUUUCCUCUGUGUUGAUGUAUAUGAUCUUUUGUAUCCCAAAAUCAUUUCUUUAAGUUUUUCUUCCUUCUCAUCA